AUCAUGGAACGUUGGCAAAAUAAGGUGGCUGUUAUAACUGGAGCCAGUUCGGGCAUUGGCGCUGCCAUAGCUAAGGAAUUUGUAAUGGCCGGUUUGAAGGUGGUGGGUCUUGCUAGACGUACACAACUAAUGGAGAAGCACAAAAUGGAUUUGCCCAGCGAAAAGCGUUCCCAAUUCAUUGCCAUGUAUUGCGAUGUUAGCAAUCCCAAGAGCAUUAAUGAUGCCUUCGAUUUGAUCAUAGCCCAAUUUGGAGGGGUAGAUGUGUUGGUGAACAAUGCCGGUUGUGGACAGGCUGACCAAUUGUCAACCAUGAAUUUGGAUGACGCCCAAAAGAUUGUAAACACCAAUAUCAUGGGUGUGGUUUACUGCACCCAAAGAGCCUUUAAAUCCAUGAAAGAUCGUCAUUUUGAUGGACAUGUCAUUUUAAUAAAUAGCAUUGCUGGUCAUCAAUUCUUUCCCGGGGUUCCGUUGAAAUUACCCGCUGCAAAUAUUUAUUCACCCACUAAGUUUGCCAUUACUGCCCUAACAGAGUUGUAUAGGCAGGAAUUUAGUGGGUUGGGAACAAAAAUUAAAAUAUCGAGUAUAAGUCCUGGCGUGGUGGAUACUGAUAUUUUACUCAAGGAUCUACGUGAGGCAGCAGGCGAUUGUAUGCUUCAACCUGAAGAUGUCUCAAAAGCAGUUCUCUUUAUGUUGGCAACACCUCCCCAUGUGCAGAUACACGAUAUGAUCAUUAAACCAAUGGGAGAAGUAGUCUAAAUAUGUAUAAUAGGGUGGGUUUAUUUGCAUGGAUGAGAAAAAAAAUUAAAAAUCGUACAGCAAAAACGGAAACUACAUACAAUUCUAAAAUUUUUCUCCGAAGAAACCUUGUAGUUAAAAUAAAAUUCUAAUCCGCCCCUCUCGACACCAAAUUUUUUUCCUGUUUUUUCGGUAUUCGUGAUCAAGGUACAGGUCGCAUUUGUUGUUUGAUUGUCGUAAAAUUUUGCACAAGCCACAUUUUUGGUCCAAGGACGAACG